AUGAAAAAAGUGGGUCUAGCAGCGUUUGAUGAUAAUAAACUAAGGCAAUACUCAGAAUUGGGACAAUCUCUACUUCAAAAGAAGACAAACGAACUCACAACACAGCUUCAACUGUUCAAAUCAAUCCUUUUGAAUUUCCUCAAGGAACAUAAUGAAGAAUUAUCAAAAGACAUCACCUUAAGAAAUGAAUUCAUCAAAAUAUGUCAAAGUGUCGGAAUCGACCCUUUACAGAUCUAUGAUAAACAUGAUUCUAAAAUGAAUGAAUUUUAUUUCGAAUUAUGUGUUAGGAUCAUUGAGUUUAGUAAUUCAAUGAAGGAUAUGAACGGUGGGUUAUUACCCGUGAAUGAAUUCUUGUCAAGUUUUAAAGAUCUAAACAUCACAUUCAAAGAUGUUGAAAUCUCAAUUGGGUUAUUAUCUGCAUUGAACGAUGAGUUGAAAAUCAUCAAAAUUGGGUCCAAGCACUAUAUUAAGAAUUUCAAUAUAGAGUUGACAAAUGAUCAAAAUAUGAUUUUGGAAACAGUGGGGAAUAUUGGAUUCAUUAGUGUUGCCAUAUUGAGAGAUAAUUUUGGUUGGAAGUCUUAUAGAUCUCAAUCUAUCUUGAAUGAAAUGAUUAGUAGUGGGUAUUUAUGGCUGGAUGAUAAUAAUGGUGAAUUGUUAUAUUGGGAUCCUGCUUGGUUAACCAAGAGCUGAAUAGGGGAACAGAACUUUUUGUUCAACUAUUUAUUCCAGAGCUGCAUAUCUUUGAAAGAAUGUAAUGAACUUAUUUCUAAGUUGGUUUCCAAAUUCUAUUUGCUUGAUCAAUGCUUUGGACAAAAGUAUUAAUUUAUGGUCCGCUUAUUCCCGUGACCUUUAUGAAAAGUUGAAUUCUCAGAAUGCAAAAGUAACAGCAAAUUACAAAGGUUUCAAAUCUCCUACAAGCUUUGGCAAUUUGGAAUCGUCCUUUGGGUUAUAGAGCAGCCCUGUUACAAUUAGCCAUGUCACCGUUACGUAAAGAUUUAAACAUCUUUGGAUCAUUUUUUCAGUCUAGCCGCCAACAAUAUUUAUAGUUGAUGGAAUAGAAAAAAGUACCAAUUGAAAAUGUCCUUGAAAGGCACCUUUAUAAUAUAUAUUAUGCCAAUCAUGACUUGCAAGUUGGUAUAAUUGAACAAUUGCAUCUC